GGGGCCGCGCCUCGGGAGCGCGCACGGGAGGAGGGAGGGGGAGAAGAGGAGGAGGAAGGAGAAGAGGAAGAAGAAGAGCAGCAGCGGCGGCGGCAGAAGAGCAUCCUCUCCUCCUCCUCCUCCUCGGGGCCCGGAGCCUCCUUCUUUCUUUCUUUCUUUCUUUCUUUCUUUCUUUCCGUCCUUCCUUCCUUCCUUCCUUCCCUCCCUUCUUCUCCCUUCCCUCCGCCUUUCUCUCUCUCUCUCCGCUUGGCUUUUGCCUAAAUAAGGGGCGCCGGAGAGAACGAGGAGGAGGAGGAGGAGGAGGAGGAAGGCCAGGAGGAGCCGCAGCCAUGGGGAGCUCCCCCCGCGCCCCUCCCGGGCCCUGAGGCACCUGCCGAGGAAGGAAGGAAGGAAGGAAAAGGAAAAGGCCUCCCCGGUGCCCCCCUCCCUCCCUCCCUCCCUCCCCGUUGGCGCGGGGCCUGCUGGUCGUGGGGGGCGGCGUCGGGGGCGGCGCGGCGCCUGCGUCUGGGCGGGGGUCUCCCUCCCCAUGGGCUGAGAGAGAGAGAGAGCAUGCCGGUCCGCCGCGGGCACGUGGCCCCCCAGAACACCUUCCUCGACACCAUCAUCCGCAAGUUCGAGGGGCAGAGCCGCAAGUUCAUCAUCGCCAACGCCCGGGUGGAGAACUGCGCCAUCAUCUACUGCAACGAUGGCUUCUGCGACCUGUGCGGCUACACGCGGGCCGAGGUCAUGCAGAAGCCCUGCACCUGCGACUUCCUCUACGGCCCAUGCACACAGCGCACCGCCACCGCCCAGAUCGCCCAGGCCCUCAUGGGCUCCGAGGAGCGCAAGGUGGAGAUCUCCUUCUACCGCAAGGACGGCAGCUGCUUCCUGUGCCUGGUGGACGUGGUCCCGGUGAAGAACGAGGAUGGGGCCGUCAUCAUGUUCAUCCUCAACUUCGAGGUGGUGAUGGACCGGAACCUGCUGACCAGUCCAGUCAAGAACACCAACCACUGGGUCUCUCCAGCCGCCUGGCUCCCCACAGGCCGCGGGAAGUCCUUCCGGCUGAAGCUGCCUGCGCUGCUGGCCUUGGCGGGGAGCAAGCAGUCCUUGCCGCAGGACCCGGACCCGGAGGGGGCCUCAGUGCUGGUGGUGGACUUCUCCAAGAGGAGCAGCGAGUCGGUGGCACUGGAUGAGGUCACGGCCUCCCUGGACAACCACUGCCUGGGCUGCGGCGGCCCCGAGGACCAGCAGGCCCUGAUGGAGCCCCAGGAGGAGGAUGAACUGGAGGAGGAGGAGGAAGACAACGAGGGGGAGGAGGGCAGCGACGGAGGAGGCGGCGGAGGCGGAGGAGGUCGCCUGGAGCCCCCCGUGACCCACUCCUCGCCCCGCGCGGAGAAGGCCCGCCUCAGCCUGGAGGCCUCCUUCUCCAACUGCAGCCUGGUGCGCAGCCGCUCAAGGGAGAGCUUCUACAGCGUGCGCCGGGCCUCCUCCGUGGACGACAUCGAGGCCAUGAAGGGCGAGGGAGAGAAGGGCCGCGGGCACAGCCGCCACGCCAGCACAGGCGCCAUGAACAACGCCCGCAGCCACCUGCUCAACUCCACCUCCGACUCGGACCUCAUGCGCUACCGCGCCAUCAGCAAGAUCCCCCAGAUCACCCUCAACUUUGUGGACUUCAAGGCCGAGGCCUUCCUGACCUCUCCCUCCAACGAGAAGGAGAUCAUCGCCUCCAGCAAACUCAAGGAACGCACCCACAAUGUCACCGAGAAGGUCACCCAGGUGCUGUCCCUGGGUGCGGACGUCCUCCCGGAGUACAAGCUGCAGGCUCCACGCAUCCACAAGUGGACCAUCCUGCACUACAGCCCCUUCAAGGCGGUCUGGGACUGGCUGAUCCUGCUGCUGGUCAUCUACACGGCCAUCUUCACGCCCUACUCGGCGGCCUUCCUGCUGAACGACCGGGACGACCCGGCCAAGCCUUCCUGCAGCGGCUACUGCAGCCCGCUCAACGUGGUGGACCUCAUCGUGGACAUCAUGUUCAUCAUCGACAUCCUCAUCAACUUCCGCACCACCUACGUCAACACCAACGAGGAGGUGGUCAGCCACCCGGGGAAGAUCGCCAUCCACUACUUCAAGGGCUGGUUCCUCAUCGACAUGGUGGCCGCCAUCCCCUUCGACCUCCUCAUCUUCGGGUCUGGAUCUGAGGAGACCACCACGCUGAUCGGCCUGCUGAAGACGGCCCGGCUGCUGCGGCUGGUGCGCGUGGCGCGCAAGCUGGACCGCUACUCGGAGUACGGGGCGGCGGUGCUCUUCCUGCUGAUGUGCACCUUUGCGCUGAUUGCGCACUGGCUGGCCUGCAUCUGGUACGCCAUCGGGAACAUGGAGGACAAGACCAUUGGCUGGCUGCACUCGCUGGGCAGCCAGAUCGGGAAGCCCUUCAACGAGUCCACGCCGCACCAGGGCCCCUCCAUCCAGGACAAGUACAUCACCGCCCUCUACUUCACCUUCAGCAGCCUCACCAGCGUGGGCUUCGGCAACGUCUCCCCCAACACCAACCCCGAGAAGAUCUUCUCCAUCUGCGUCAUGCUCAUCGGAUCUCUUAUGUACGCCAGCAUCUUUGGGAAUGUCUCGGCCAUCAUCCAGCGGCUCUACUCCGGCACGGCCCGCUACCACACCCAGAUGCUGCGGGUGCGAGAGUUCAUCCGCUUCCACCAGAUCCCCAACCCGCUGCGCCAGCGCCUGGAGGAGUACUUCCAGCACGCCUGGUCCUACACCAACGGCAUCGACAUGAACGCCGUGCUGAAGGGCUUCCCGGAGUGCCUCCAAGCAGACAUCUGCCUUCACCUCAACCGGACCCUCCUGCAGAACUGCCGGCCCUUCAAGGGGGCCACCAAGGGCUGCCUGCGGGCUCUGGCCAUGAAGUUCAAGACCACCCACGCGCCCCCCGGGGACACCCUGGUCCACGCCGGGGACGUCCUCACCGCCCUCUACUUCAUCUCCCGGGGCUCCAUCGAGAUCCUGCGCGGAGACGUGGUGGUGGCCAUCCUGGGGAAGAACGACAUCUUUGGGGAGCCCCUCAACCUCUAUGCGCGGCCAGGGAAGUCCAACGCGGACGUGAGGGCCCUGACCUACUGCGACCUGCACAAGAUCCACCGGGAAGACCUGCUGGAGGUGCUGGACAUGUACCCCGAGUUCUCCGACCACUUCUGGUCCAACCUGGAGAUCACCUUCAACCUGCGGGACACCAACAUGAUCCCGGGUUCGCCCAGCAGCGAGGAAAUGAACGGCGGCUUCAACCGCCUGCGGCGCCGCAAGCUCUCCUUCCGCCGGAGGACCGAGAAAGACGAGGAGAAGGCGGAGGACGGCAAGCCCGCGAAGGCACUGCCGCUGGGCCAGAACUGCCAGGGGGUCCCCUGCGCCCCCCCCAAGUGGGAGCCCUGCCUCAGCAGCUCCUUGGCCUCCAGCCCCCCCUCCAGCGACGAGGGGGAGGGGGAGGAGGAGGGCGCCCCUCGCCCCGCCAACGCCGACCUCUCGCCCUUUGGCCCCCCUGCGACCCCUGGAGGGCAGCCCCCCUCCCCCGCCCCCCCAGCAGAGCGCAAGCGCAGCGGAGAGGCCUGCAACCCACUCUCAGGGGCCUUUUCGGGGGUCUCCAACAUCUUCAGCUUCUGGGGGGAGGGCCGGGGGAGCCGCCAGUACCAGGAGCUGCCCCGCUGCCCGGCGCCCCUGCCCCCCACCGCCCUCAACAUCCCUUUGGCCGGAAACAGCCCCCCCGCCCUCCUUGGUGACCUCCCCCACCGGCACCGCUCCGAGCUGGAAGGCCGCCUGGACCUGCUCCAGAAGCAGAUCAACAGACUGGAGAGCCGCCUGACCGCGGACGUGUCGGCCAUCCUGCAGCUGCUGCAGCGCCAGGCGGUCCUGGUGCCCCCCGCCUACAGCACAGUCUCAUCUCCACUCCCGCCACCCCCCUUGGCCCCAGAGGAGAGGGCCCCCCACCUGCCCCCCACUCAGGUCCCGGACUUCCUGCCUUGGCGCCUGGACCCCUCUGCGCUGCCCCCCUGCAGCCGGGACAGUGACGUUGUGCUGCUGGUGGAGCCCCCCGCGGCCCCCCGGCGCCUCUCCCUCCCCGGCCAGCUGCCCCAGGCCCUCCCCCCUCCGCCUUCCUCCUCCUCCUCCUCCUCGGCGGACUUGCACAGACACUGCUCCUCCUCGGACCCCGGCAGCUAAUGGCCGGCUGAGCCUGGCCCCUCGUUGGGGGCCGCUCUGGGAGAGAGCCUGUGCCGGCCCCUCUUCGCCGCCUUGUGGGAAGGGUCCCUCCGGGAAGGAAGACGAGGGCCGCUCCGGCCGCGGAUGAGCGGAUGAGAGGGCCGGCCGUUGCCCCCUCGGCUGUUGGCUGGCCUGACGGGCGGGAAGGGCGUUUGGCUGCCAUGGAGAGCCCUCCGGCCAGUGGACUGGACACAGAGACUGCUGCUCAUGGACAGACAGGCCGCCUGCAGGGAGAGCGGUCAUCGUGACGCAUAGCAAUUAAUAAUAAUAAUAAUAAUAAUAAUGUUAACGUUCCAAUAUGGGUUAGAGUCCCCUUGUGACCCCAGACAUAUCACCCGAGGCCAGCAAGGCAUCCCUUCUGUGACCCCAACACUCCCCAACAUUUUAGAUGGGGAGGGGUCCCCCACUGUUCUGUCUCCAAUUGUAGCCCUGCGUGUUCCCUUGUCCGUGUGCAUUGGGGGGCGGUGGGUAAUAGAGGUGCCCCUUAGUCUGUGCCCUGGGACCGGACCCCAGUCGCCAGCACAGAGGUCUGUGCACAUAUCCCCAAGAAGGGGCUCUGAUGGUACGUCCCCCCCCCCCCGCCAUGGGUUCAUCCCCCUCCCCAAAUAAACCUACUAUUGCAAGGGACUGUAAUGCUCCUCAAUUGCAGAGGCUGAAGGAGUCCACUGUGGGGUUCCUUGAGACCAUCUUUUCCAUGGAGCACCAAUUUAGGUGGGGGGGCAUCAAGCCCAGGCCAUACUCCACCACUGAUGUCUGGAUGCACGUGAACCCCCCCCCCCCCGCCCCGCAUGCUGUACUCUCAGCAUUAGCAAGCGAUGCCUAAUAAACCUCAAGUUGGA